AUGACGCCACCGCCGCCGCCGCUCCUCGCCUGCCUCCUCCUCACCCUCCUCCUCGCCGCCGCGGUGGCGCCACCGGCGGGCGCCGUCUGCGUUCCGCUGGGUCACACCAAGCCAGGGGCGCCGGCCAAGUCCGCGCCAUCGAAGCCCAAGCCGAAGCCGACGCCCGCGCCGGCUCAGCCGAAACCGACGCCGAUCGCGCCGGGCGCCGACAUCGUGCGGAGCCUGUGCCUGAAGACGGACUACCCGGACCUGUGCUUUUCGUCCAUCGCGAAGCAGCCGCAGCCGCAGCUGCCCGGCGGUAAGCGGCUGGACGGCGCCGGCGUGCUGCGGCUGGCCAUGUCCGCCGUGCGCGCCAAGGCCGCCGAGGCCAAGUCCGCGGCGGCCGCGCUCGCCAACGACCCCAAGACGCAGCCGCUGGCGCGCAACCCGCUGCACGACUGCGUCGAGUCGUUCGACGACAUCGCCUACAGCCUCGACCAGGCCCAGAAGGCGCUUGCCGGCGGCGACCGCGACACCACGGGCACCAUGCUCGACACCGUGCGCACCGACGUCGACACCUGCGACCAGGGGUUCGAGGAACGCGAGGAGCUCACGCCGGUCAUGGCCAACCACGACGCCGAGCUCGCCAAGCUCUCCAGCAACUGCCUCGCCAUCGCCACCGCCGCCGGCUUGCGCUAG